AUGCCAAACGCUUGUUGGGUGCAUUGCUUUCUCCACCGCCAAGCACUUGCGGCCAAAGCCUGCCCACAGGAAUACAGCCAAGUUCUAAAUAUUGCUAUAAAGAUUGUAAAUUCUAUUAAAGGAAAAGCGUUGCAGACACGAUUGUUUCGGAUUACUUGUGAAGAUAUGGGGGCACUCCACCAAAAUUUACUUUACCAUACAGAGGUUAGGUGGUUGUCAAAAGGUAAAGUACUGGCCGGAAUUAUGGAACUUCGUGCAGAACUUUUAAUAUAUUUACAGCAGGUCAAGUCAGAAUACUCUGAAUUCAUUUGCGACCCAGAAUUUCUUUUGAAAUUAGCUUUUCUUUCUGACUUAUUUGAUCAUUUAAAUAUCUUGAAUAAAAGUCUUCAAGGGCGAAAUGAAAAUGUCAUCACUGCAAAAGACAAAAUACGUGACUUUACAAAAAAAAUUGACUUGUGGUCGUCGUCUUUGAACCAAAAUAAUUUUGAUGCUUUUUCGUCGACACAAUAUUUUACUGAAGAAGUCGGUUGUGAGGUAAACAUCAAGACAUAUAUAACUGGUAUGAAAAUGGUGUUAGAUAAUUUGAAAGAAGAUUUGUGUCAUUAUUUCUCAGAGCAAGAGAUAUCGGAGAACACUGGGCAGAGGUGGAUCAUAAAUCCAUUUUUAAAUGCAGCUAUAAAUGAGGCUAGUUUACCAAAUAAGCUCAAAGAGAAUCUGUUAGAAAUAUCUGCCGAUGGGAUGUUACACCUGGAGUUCAAGUUUUCUAAUUUGGAUACCUUUUGGCUAAUGAGAAAAACAGAAUACCCGGAAUUGACAACUGAGGCUUUGAAGUGUUUGAUUCCAUUUGCCACCUCGUACUUAUGUAAGUUGACAUUUUCAUCGAUGGCCCAGAUAAAAGUAUACAAAGAAAUCGCUUAA